AUAAUAAUAAUAAUCAGUUCUGAGUUCUUUCUUCCCAAGGACGCCGCGACCGCCGUUCCGCACCUGCGGAGCGCCUCUGAUGAUCUCGUCUAAUGAACAUUGCAUCCAGACCCAAACUGAUCCUUGGAUUCUCUCUCCAGAUUCAGAGAUGGGUCUCCAAGGUACCGUACAUCAUCCCUUCAGAACUUCCUCCAUGUCCACAAGACCAGCUCCAGAUCCUCUUGUAUGGCCGGCAAGAUAGCAGGCGGCGGGACGUUGAAAUUUCAGUUGUUUCGGCGUUAAAAUCUUGCACAGCUCUUUCUUCCAUCGCUCAUGGCAAACAAAUCCAUGGUCUUGUUAUAAAGUUUGGGCUUGAUUUCAAUACUUUUAUACAAAACAGUCUGAUUAACAUGUACGCGAAAUGUGGUUCCAUUUCCGAUGCUCAGCUUAUGUUCAAUUCAUGCCCUCGUUUGGAUCCCGUCUCUUGCAAUAUAAUGCUCGCUGCUUACGGAAAAUCAGGCCAGCUUAACGAUGCACGCCACCUGUUCGACGAAAUGCCCUGUAAGGGUUGCGUUUCUUAUACAACUAUGAUACUGUGUCUGACCCAAAGCAAUUGCUUUAAAGAAGCAAUUCAGAUUUUUGGUGACAUGAGAUUGGCGGACGUUACACCCAACGAGGUGACUCUUUCGAAUGUCAUAUCUGCCUACUCGCAUACAGUUAAUGUCGGCAUCUGUCGAAUGGUCCACGCUUUGGUGAAAAAGCUUGGUCUUGAAGUGUUCAUUAUUAUUUCAACGAACUUGGUGCACGUGUAUUCCCUCUGUUCAAGUUUGCAAGACGCUAGAAUGUUGUUUGAUGAGAUUCCAGAGCCAAAUGGAGUUUCCUGGAACGCUAUGCUGAAUGGGUAUACAAAAGCAAACCUUAUUGAUUCAGCUAUGGAUUUGUUUGAGAAGAUCCCUGUUAAAGAUAUAGUUUCUUGGAGUACAAUUAUUGAUGGUUAUCUGCAAUUGGGAAGAUUGAACGAAGCUUUAUUAUUAUACAGAGAAAUGAUCUCUACAGGUGUAACUCCUAAUGAUUUUAUAAUUGUAGACGUUUUAUCAAACUGUGCUCAAUCAAUGGCUUUGGUCGAGGGCCAGCAGUUCCAUUGUAUGUCGUUAAAGACUGGAUUCGGCUGCUACGACUUCAUACAAGCAACUAUUAUCCAUUUCUACGCAUGUUGCCAGAAAAUCGAUUCGGCACUAAAGCAAUUUCACACCAGUAAGAAGAAUCACGUCGCAUCAUGGAAUGCAAUUAUUGCGGGAUUGGUAAGGAAUGAAAUGGUCGAGAAAGCUCGAGUCUUUUUUAAUCAGGCGCCCGAAAGAGAUAUUUAUUCGUGGAGUUCGAUGAUUUCCGGUUAUGCACAGAGUGAACAGCCUAAAGUAGCACUUGAACUCUUUCACGAAAUGGUGGCAGCUGGUCUAAAGCCUAAUGAAAUUACCAUGGUGAGUGUGUUAUCUGCAAUCGCGACGUUGGGCGAUUUACGAGAUGGAAUAAUGGCUCACGAAUAUAUAAUUACGAAUUCGAUCCCUCUGAACGAUAACUUGACUGCUGCGAUCAUCGAUGUGUAUGCGAAAUGCGGUAGUAUCGGCACAGCCUUGGAAAUUUUUCAACAGAAUGUAGAAAAAAUCAAAUCGGUUUCGCCAUGGAAUGCGAUCAUUUGUGGGUUGGCGAUCCACGGGCAUGGUGACUUAUCUCUAUUGAGAUUCUCGGAUCUUCAGAAGCGAGGUGUGAAACCGAAUGGGAUCACGUUCGUGGGAGUUCUGAGCGCUUGUUGCCAUGUUGGGAAAGUGGAAGAAGGGAAAAAGCAUUUUGGGAGCAUGAAAAACUUGUAUGGGAUUGAGCCUAAUCUGAAACAUUAUGGAUGUAUGGUGGAUCUUUUGGGGAGAGCUGGGAGAUUGGAAGAAGCUGAAGAGGUGAUAAUGAGUAUGCCAAUGGAAGCUGAUGAUGUGAUAUGGGGGACAUUGUUGGCAGCUUGUAAAACAUAUGGGAAUUUGGAAAUUGGAGAAAGGGCGGGAGAAGGAUUGGCGAAAGUGCAGCCACGCCAUGGAGGCGGUAUGGUUCUUCUUUCAAGUCUUUACGCAGAUGCAGGGAAAUGGGAAGAUGCGUUCUUGGCUAGGCGAGCGAUUCAAAGCCAAGGAAUGAAGCGUUCCACUGCUUAUAGCGGCGUUUUGUGAUAAAA